CCCUUCCUCUCUGUCUGUCAGUGUCAUUCUGAACUGGAGAUGUGGAGUGUCUUUCUGUCUCUCUGCCUUUUCUUCCAGCCCAAUUCAGCUGAGGAAGUGAUGCUGCUGGACACAACAGAAACUACCUCAGAGCUGGGCUGGACAACCUAUCCAAAAACAGGGUGGGAUGAGGUCAGUGUGUUGGAUGACCGGGGGAAGCUCAUUCGCACCUUUGAGGUCUGCAAUGUCAACCAGAAUCCCCGUCAGCAGGAUAACUGGUUGGCAACACCUUUCCUCUACCGUCAAUCGGCUCCACGGAUGUUUGUAACGUUGCGCUUCUCUGUGCGCGACUGCGCCAGCCUGCGCACACCAUCGCCCACCUGUCGUGAAACGCUCACCCUCUACUACAAGCAGGCUGACUCACAGAGGGAGCUGAUGAGAACCUGGGUCGCAGAGCCAUCUAGCGGUGAGAGAGAGACAAGGGAAGGUUGGGUGAAGAUCGACACGAUUGCAGCUGAUAAGAGUUUCUCCAAAGUAGAGCCCAGUUCACCUCACCAGUAUCAGCCCAACCGCUACAGUCGCAUCAAUGUUAAAACACGAAGCUUUGCUCCUCUGACACGUAAUGGGUUUGUUUUAGCAAUUGUGGACAGUGGAGCUUGUGUUUCCCUCAUGGGGGUGUCCAUUUUCUACCGCCGUUGUCCAGCCACCAGCCUCAACUUGGCGUCCUAUCCGGCAACUCCAUCAGGUGCAGAGCCGACUGCUUUAGUGCCUGUGACAGGGAUGUGUGUCCCCCACAGUAAAACACAGGGCGGCACCCCCCCUCGCAUGCACUGCAACGCUGAAGGCGAGUGGAUGGUGCCUGUUGGAGGAUGUGUCUGUGACAAAGGAUAUGAGCCAAACAUCAACGGAUCCGCCUGCUUGGCUUGUCCUGUGGGCUACUUCAAGUCUGUGUCUGGCUCCGUUCCCUGUUCUGUGUGUCCCCCCAACAGCAGAACCAGCCAGGAGGGGUCGAGUGUGUGCGAAUGUCGCAGUGGCUUUUAUCGAGCAUCCAAAGAUGCCAACUCUUCCGCCUGCACAACUCCUCCUUCUGCUCCAGUCUCUCCAACCUGGGAGUAUGAAAGCGGCGAUGGUGGGGUCUCCUUAAGGUGGCGUCCUCCUUUGGAUAUGGGAGGUCGCAGUGAAGUGUGGUAUGGCGUGGUUUGUCGCAUUUGCCCCUCUCCCACCUUCAGCAACCCAGCCGCAUGCUCCUGGUGUGGAGAGGGGGUCACCUUCAGCCCGUCACAAACCAACCUGAAACAGACUAGAGUAACCCUCAACAACCUACUGACCAGGGUCACUUAUCUCAUACAGGUGCAAGCCAUGAAUGAAGUGUCAUCUUUGAGUCCUUUUCCGGCUCGAUACACGAGCAUCAAUUUCACCACCAGCCAGUCAGUUCCCAGUACAGUUCCUAUGUUGCACCAGCUGAGCCGAGCUCCAGACUCCAUCACACUCUCUUGGCCUCAGCCGGAUCGACCCAACGGAGACAUCCUGGAGUACCAACUCCGAUAUUAUGACAAGGGUUCAGACAUGGACAGUGCGAUGACGGUAUUCAGCGAGACCAACACAGUGACCGUCAGUUCUCUGAUUCCUGGAUCUAUCUAUGCCUUCCAGAUCAGAGCUCGAAAUGAACGUGGCUAUGGUCCAUACAGCAACACCAUCUAUUUCACAACGCUGCCACUUGAGGAACAUUCGCUGCAGAUCCAGAAUCGACUUCCUCUGCUUGUUGGCUCGGUGAUGGGUGGCGCAGCCUUUCUCCUAGUGGUGGCAGCAAUUGUUGUUGUCAUUGUUUUUCGCAGCAAACGGAGAGAGAGCCCAUACAGCGACAGACUUCAGAGGUACAUCAGUAACCGGGGUGGGGUUAAAUAUUAUGUGGAUCCUUCUACAUAUGAAGACCCCAGUGAGGCAGUUAAAGAAUUUGCCCGUGAAAUAGAUCCUUCUCAUAUUAAGAUUGAGGAGGUGAUUGGUGCAGCCCAGUUUGGAGAAGUGUCUCGUGGACGUUACCGUCCUGUGGGCCGCAGGGAAGUGCUGGUGGCUGUGAAGACUAUUCGAUGGGGGGCAUCUGACAGAGAAAGGGGAAUGUUUCUCAGUGAAGCAGGGGUCCUUGGGCAAUUUGAUCAUCCAAAUGUGCUGAAGUUGGAGGGUGUUGUCACGCGAACUCCUCCAGAAAGAAUCAUCACUGAGUUCAUGGAGAAUGGGCCCCUGGAUGCUUUCCUUAGGGAGAACGAAGGUCAGUUCAGUGUCCUUCAACUUGUUGGGAUGCUCAGGGGAGUUGGCGCAGGAAUGCGAUAUCUGUCUGAGAGAAACUUUGUUCACAGAGACCUGGCUGCCAGAAAUGUGUUGGUCAAUUCCAACCUAGUUUGCAAAGUAUCCGACUUUGGCCUCUCCAGACUCAUGAGGGGUGUGGACCACAAUGUACCCACAUACACUGCCUCUCUGGGCAGUAAGAUUCCAGUGAGGUGGACUGCACCAGAAGCUUUCCAGCAUCGAAAGUUCAGCACAGCCAGUGAUGUCUGGAGCUUUGGCAUAUUAAUGUGGGAAGUGAUGUCCUAUGGAGAGCGCCCAUACUGGGAUAUGAGCAAUCAAGAGGUGAUGAAGGCAGUAGCGGAUCAGUAUCGGCUUCCUCCUCCUCACAACUGUCCCCCUGCUCUCCACUCCCUGAUGCUUCAGUGCUGGCAGGCUGAACGGGGGGACCGGCCAGGCUUCGACCAGCUCCUCUCCUCUUUGGAUAGGCUGAUCAGACACCCUGCCUCCCUCAAGGCUGAGCCAACUCGGAGCUGCUCGCAACCAUUGCUCAGCCCAACCCCCACAGACUUAACGGCAGUGGCAACUGUCGGGGAUUGGCUGAAAGCGCUGAGGAUGGAGAGAUAUCAGGAGGAGUUUGAUCGAGCAAACAUAGACACAUUAGACAGAGUCAGCAUGCUCACUAUGGAAGAUGUCCAGAACCUUGGUGUGAACCUGUUGGGACAUCAGAGGAAGAUCGUCAGCGCAGCCCAGCAGCUCAGGUCCCACCUGAUGCAAGGCCAGGUGGAGGUCUGAGGAUCCGACCGCAGCACAAUCUGUUCCAAUUUUCACCUCCUUCUGCUUGUUGCAUUUGGUUCUGCAACGGUUUUUUAUUUAAUGUGGGCACUUUUUAAACCAAAUC